AUGGCUGCCAGCAUGUUCUCCACGCUUUUCGCGGCGGACAGCGGUGUGGCCUCGGACGCGUUCUGCUCGCUCUCGCCGGUGUUCAGAUGCCUGCAGGAGAAGGAGCUGCGCAAGCUCAAUGACCGCCUGGCCACCUACAUCCAGCGUGUGUGGGCCCUGGAGGCCGCCAAGGCGGCGCUGCACCGCUGCCUGGUCCGCUUCGACGCGCUGCGCGAAGAGCACAGGCAGCUGCUCGCCAGGAACUCUAAAAACGAAAACGAUUUAAGUCUGGCCGUUGCUCAUGUAAGGGAUCUUGUUGCUCAACAAAACUCCAAAGAGGCCGAAUUGAGGACAUCACUGAGCAGCCAACGAAGCUUAGAGAACGAUCUUCAACAAUCAAAAGACCAAAACGUCUCUCUCAAAGGCACAGCAAAUGAGUCCAAAAACCAACUUCACAAUGAGAAAUUGAGGACAGCGGAUCUGGAAAACCAAAUGAAAACUCUGCAAGAUCGAGUGACAUUUCUGAAGAACCUCCAUGAAGACGAGCUUAAGAGUAAGAAACGAUUCUAUGAGAGCAGGAUUCAAGAAAUAGAGUCUGGCUGUCAGCAGGAAUUUGAGAGGAAAUUGUUGAAUGCACUCCAAGAUCUCAGAAAGGAGCACAAACAACGGAUCCAGGAGUACAAAGAUCAGAUGGAGCGAAACUUCCAGGCCAGAAUCAAAAACGUCCAGCUUUCUGCUGCAAAGAACAGUGAUUUUGCUAAUUCUACUCUGGAGGAGCUCACAGAAACAAAACUGAGGGUUGACACUCUGAUGUCACAGAAUGGUGCGUUGGAAGCCAGGAUACAAGCGUUGGAGGCCAGAAUCGGGGAGCUGCAGGAGACGAUUGACUUCGAACGGGACUCAUCAAAGAGGCGCAUAGCUGAAAAGGAUCAGGAGAUGGUAAAAAUGCAACAGCAGAUGCAGGCUCAGCUGGAAGAGUAUGAGCAUCUAUUGGAUGUGAAGUUGGCUCUGGAUUUUGAGAUCAACGCCUAUCGGGCAAUGCUGGGAGGAGAGGAAGAGCGUUUAAAACUGUCCAGAACCUCCCCGGAAAGUGGCAAAACCCGGGCUGCAAUCACUCAAGGCCAACGCCUCUUCCUGCAAGGAAAGAAAAGGAAACGGGCUUUCACCAGAAAGCAAGCUCACAGCAUUUGUUUCAAAGUGGUCCAGCGCGCUUCAUCUUCAGGAAAUGUCUCCGUAGAAGAUAUUGACCCAGACGGGAAAUUCAUCAAAAUUCAGAACUAUUCUGAUAAGGAUCAGUCGCUAAGUGGUUGGACUGUAGUGCCAAACUGCGGGUGGACAACUUGCAGCAGGGGAAGAGGACACAGGUUGUAG